CCAGUCAUUAUGGAGCAGGACCAUGGAUUUCCCAGUGACAGCUUAUAGCCAGAGCUGUGCACCAGUAAUGUCCAAAUUCCAUUUCCCCCAGUGGGGCGCACACACUAUGCCGGCACGUGUGCCUGGAUGAAAUGUGUGACGUGUGUGUGUGUGUGUGUAUGUGUUGUAUGUGAGCGUGAGCUGUGUGAGAAGGAGGCGGCGGCUGCCGGGACUUGUAGUCCACGGCGCUGAGUGAGUGCAGGGCGGCGCUGGCGUCACUGUGCCGGCGGGGGGAGCUGCUGAGCUCCGGAGACCCGGAAAUAGAGGAGAGGAAGGAAACCGGGAGAAGAGGGACCGGCGGCGCCCGGACCGGCUCUGGGAGUCCUGAAGACCACAGGAUGAGGUUCGCGUUGAGCUCCUGCCUGGACCAGAUGAAAUUGUCUUCCCAAUGGCUCAUGAAGAAAUUGGCGUAGCUCGGUGCUGCUUAGAAGCUGAGCUUCCGGUUCAGAUGGCGGCCCCCUCUGCCUGUGGGCAGUGGUCAUGCUGCCGCUGUACCUUUCUGAAUCCCCAUGGGCAGCGACACUGCUCCAUCUGUGAAGCUCCGCGCCACCUGCCAGACCUCAACCACAUCCUGCGCCUGAGCUCGGCAGAACAACGCUGGUCCUGCAGCCGCUGCACCUUUUCCAAUCCUACUCCCAGCAACCCUUCACCUCCUCUCACUGGCUGUCAGCUUUGUGGGUUCUUGCCACCUCCACCUGUACCCAAUGGCAUCCCAAGUGCACCACACGAGGAGGCCGUAUCCCCCGUCCAGGAGUCGGAACCGGAGGACAUGACCACCUCUAGUCUCCCGCCUGCAGCAAGUGCAGGUUGGAGCUGUCCUCGUUGCACUCUACUUAACACUCCGGUAUCCAACUCCUGCUCAGCAUGUGGUGGCCCACGCAAAUUGUCCUUGCCCAAAAUACCUCCAGAGGCACUGGUGGUUCCAGAAAUUGUCCCACCGCCUGCUGCCUUUCAAGGCACGGAUGAACAAGCAACAGUUUCUCUCCGUGAGCCAGAUUCCCCACGACCGCUGCCUCCGCUGCCACUAUCACCCGGUCCACAUAAUAUUCCCGUUCCAAGAAGUCGAAGGGAGGUGGCACCGGAUAAUCCGCUCUCUCCUCCUUCUGCUCCAAAUCGGCUUCCUAAACGCCUGAGCGUCUUGGAAGAAGAAGUAAUGACAGCUGAUGCUACACCAACCUCUACUGAGCCACAAAGUCCAGACACCAGCUGGCCGUGCGGGAAAUGCACUUUGCGCAACCUUGGCAGCACCAGUAGAUGCCGAGUCUGUGGGACAGUUCGGGAAAGUGAGAGAGAGAAUGGUCCAACCGUAACUGAGGCCCUACCGUCGCCCUCCAGCAUUCCAGUCCUCCCCGUACCUGCUCCCCGUAGGGCAGAGUGGGCCUGUCCGGCUUGUACCCUCCUAAAUGAGACUCACUCCACACACUGUGUAGCCUGCCACACACCGCAAGGCUACCUAGCACAGCACCGUAAACAGAGGACACGGAUGCUCCGGCGGAGAGAGAGUGUCCGGGCCGAGACCAAACGGCAGACGGAUGAAGGAGAGGCCAAGGAGCUUUGGGAGAACAUUGUCAGCUUUUGUCGAGAGAACAGGGUCAAUUUUGUGGAUGACAGCUUCCCUCCUGGUCCCCGAUCCGUCGGCUUUCCAGAGUCUGAUAGCGUCCAGCAGCGUGUGAAGCAGUGGCUGCGGCCGCAAGAAAUCAACUGCAGCAUCUUCAAGGAUCGCGCGGUGAAGUGGUCCGUCUUUCGAACUCCGAGACCGUCUGACAUACUGCAAGGGUUGCUGGGAAACUGUUGGUUCCUGAGUGCUUUGGCUGUGCUGGCAGAAAGACCAGAGCUGGUGGAACGGGUGAUGAUCACCAGGACUAUCUGCCCAGAAGGUGCCUACCAGGUGCGGCUAUGCAAAGAUGGGACAUGGAGCACAGUCCUGGUGGACGAUAUGUUGCCGUGCGAUGAAUCUGGAUAUUUACUCUUUUCCCAGGCCCAAAGAAAGCAACUCUGGGUGGCUCUAAUUGAAAAGGCCCUGGCUAAGCUUCACGGCUCGUACUUUGCCCUGCAGGCUGGCCGUGCCAUUGAGGGCUUAGCCACUUUAACGGGAGCUCCUUGCGAAAGUCUGAUGCUUCAGGUCAGCUCGACCAACCCCCGAGAGGAAACGGUGGACACGGACCUCAUCUGGGCCAAAAUGCUGAGCUCCAAGGAAGCAGGGUUCCUAAUGGGAGCUUCCUGCGGAGGAGGAAACAUGAAGGUGGACGAUGCAGCUUAUGAAAGUGUUGGGCUUAGACCUCGACACGCUUAUUCUAUACUGGACGUAAGAGAUGUCCAUGUCCACGGUUCUCGCCUUCUCCGACUUCGUAACCCUUGGGGCCGCUUCUCUUGGAACGGUAGCUGGUCGGACGAGUGGGCUAUGUGGCCGUCCUCACUGAAACAUGAAUUGAUGCCUCACGGAAGCAGCGAGGGCGUCUUCUGGAUGGAGUAUAGUGACUUUAUCCGGUAUUUUGACUCUGUCGAUAUCUGCAAAAUCCACACGGACUGGCAUGAGGUCCGAGUCCAGGGCACCUUCCCGAACAAGGCCUCUGUCCCGGUGACCGUUACGUCUCUCACGGUGGUGGAGCGCACAGCUGUGGAGUUCUCCCUCUUCCAGGAAGGCAGCAGACGAUCGGACACGGUGGACAGUCACCUCCUGGACCUCUGCAUCAUGGUAUUCCGGGCGUCCCACGGGGGUGCUGGGAAGGUGAUGUUGGGCAGGCUCAUGGCACACAGUAAAAGGGCAGUGAAGAAGUUUGUGGGCUGCGAUGUAAUGCUGGAGCCCGGCGAGUACGCGGUGGUAUGUUGUGCGUUUAACCACUGGCACACUGUGAAUCUGGCUGGCUCAUCCACAGUUCAAGCUUCCAGUCCCACAGGUAGCAGUAAUAAUCGCCGCUCAGUAGCAGACCCCAUGGGGUAUAUUUUAGCUAUUUAUAGUUCCCGGCUUGUCAUGGUUGAACAAGUGGAGGCCCAACCAACAACGCUUGCAGAUGCCAUUAUCCUGCUGACAGAAGACAAGGGGGAACGGCAUGAGGGCCGUGAGGGGAUGACCUGCUAUUAUCUGACACACGGAUGGGCCGGGCUCAUUGUGGUUGUGGAAAAUCGUCAUCCCAAGUCCUUUCUGCACAUCCAGUGUGACUGCACAGACAGCUUCAAUGUUGUGUCCACCAGAGGCAGCCUCAAAACCAGCGACAGUGUCCCCCCUCUUCACAGGCAGGUGCUGGUCAUCUUGUCCCAAUUGGAGGGCAACGCUGGCUUCUCUAUUACGCACCGCCUGGCACAUCGGAAAGCUAACCAGGCUUCUCUGAAUGACUGGAUGUGCAGCAAAGGCACCCACAGCCCCCCUCUGUCCCCUGAGGUGUCUGGUCUACAUGGCCCCCGACCACUCUGACACACAUCCACAAGGAAACGUCCCGUGGGAGGACGGGGCUUUGACUACCCAGGUUCAGUGGGAGCACUUUACAGACUAAACAAUUCCCGGAAAACUACACUUGAAAUCUACUCAGGAAUUUUAUCCUGUGUAAACAGGGACCCUACCCCAUCCCGGAAUUCUGCCCGUUACCCCCGUAUAGUUUAAAGGGCCGCACCGUAGAAAAGAUAGUACACUUUUGUUCCUCAACUUUAAAUUGGAAAGAUUUGUCCUUUUUGUGUUUGUUUGGCCUAUGUUUUUUCUUUUAAAUUAUGUUUUCGUUUUUUUUUUUGUUUUUUUUUACUUUGUGCGUCCGUCACCUUCACAGUGGAGGCAGUGUGACUUGGAGCGAGUGACCACAACGGGUCAUGAGUUGAUAGGCUGCAUUCUCAUUACCAUUGGUCCAACCCACUGUGAGUAGCUGGCGGCCACACCAUAACUACUUUGUCAUCCAUCACUGCAAGAUGUGUAUUCCUCAAGUUCUCCUUUUUAAGAUGCGUAUUUUAAUAAGUCGUCGUAUAUCUAACACACCCUAUUUAUGGCUGCUAAUUCCCUCUCAUCAGUGACCACAGGGAAAACUCUAAGGUCAUUAAAUAUUUGAUAAUAUGCAUGGGCACAGGCUUUACCUGAAACAGGUGAGGGGAAAUUGUGUCAAUAGACUGCUUUCUUCAUUCUCUACUAUAGCAACAGCCGGGCAUCCUGCUACAACCCCAGAUCUGCACAUCCCAAUGCCUGCUGAAGUCUUACUGAUCACACGGAGCUUAUAUUCCAUAUAUCGGGGGGGGGGGGGGG